CUGAUUCUGAUGUCAAAUGGGGCGUUUUGAUCUCGUCUGCCACACUGAAAUUGAACGCCGUCUAAGCCCAAAAUUGCCGUUGGCGCCGCCCACCCAACGGCCCGCCAGAUCGAAUUGCCAAGCAUAUUUUGGUCGGCAGCAUUUACGCUCAAAUACACUCCGCAAUAUCGACGUUGUUUGACUGCCUCUGCAGCAAUUGCAUGUUUGGUUUGAAGCAAGCAUUUGUCCGCGUCCCGAAAACAGCCCUCAACCUUUCACCGCCUUCGUAUCCCAUUCUGAACUUUCAGUGCGCACUCCGCACAAUGGCCACCGAGAACCCCACGAAGAAGCUUAAGAUGGACGGCCCGUUAAUUGGGACGCACAACGGCCACUUCCACGCCGACGAAGCUCUUGCCGUUUCCAUGCUCCGCCUGCUCCCCACAUACUCUCACUCUGCCCUGGUGCGCACCCGCGACCCGUCCAUCCUCUCCACCUGCCACACCGUCGUCGACGUCGGCAGCGAGUAUGAUGCCUCCCGUAACAGGUACGACCACCACCAACGCGGCUUCUCAGCCACCUUCCCGGGCCACUCCACCAAACUCUCCUCCGCCGGCCUCGUCUUCCUCCACUUCGGCAAGGCCAUCAUCCAAACCGUAACUGGGCUCCCCGAUGGCGCGGACCUCGACCUCCUCUUCUCGAAAAUCUACACCGACUUCAUCGAAGCCUUCGACGCCAAUGACAACGGCAUCAGCGUGCUCAACCCGUCCGAUCUCACUUCCGCGGGCCUGACCAAGAAAUUCGAAGACCGUGGGUUCAGUAUCGCCAGCGUUGUAAGCCGAUACAGCUACGCUCACUCAUUGCCCUCCCCCUCCCCCUCUUCAAACUCAGCACCGGCAAAAUCUAAGGAUGAGCUACAAGCCGAAGAAGACACCCGCUUCCUCAAAGCCUCCACCUUCGUCGGCGAGCAAUUCCUCCUCGAAGUCACCGACUGUGCAACUGCCUGGCUCCCUGCACGUCACUCUGUCCAACAGGCCUAUGCUACCCGCAUGCAAUACGACGCCCAAGGCCGAAUCCUCGUUCUGCCCGAAGGCAUGCCAUGGUCCAACCACUUGUACACCCUCGAAAAAGAAACCCCCACCGCAGACGGCGUGAGUCCGCAAGUCCUCUACGUCCUCUUCCCCGAAACACCCGAGGCAGACAGCAAAUGGCGGAUCCGGGCCGUCAGCAAAGAAAACGGGGGCUUUGAGAACCGCAAGGAUCUUCCGGAGCCGUGGAAAGGGGUGCGAGAUGAGGCGUUGAACGAAGUGAGUGGUGUACAGGGCUGUGUGUUUGUGCAUGCGGCGGGGUUUAUUGGUGGGAAUAAGACCUUGGAGGGGGCGUUGGAAAUGGCGAGGAAGGCUUGUGAGUUUUAGGUAUUGUAGGAAGGUGGGGGGGGACGUAUGUAUGGGCGUGGAAUGCGUCGGUGAAGUCUUUGGUGUGAAUUGAGUGUGAGAGUGGGUGUGGGUGGGCAUGGUUGGGUUGAUAGCAAAUGUGCUUCAAGUGCCAUUGUGCGCACAGUUGGCGUUUUCUCUCGGGGUCCGGGAUCAGGCAUGAUCCCAAUACCAUCAUAAGCUAUGGUUGGCUAGCAUAGACUAUCGUAAUGUAUGGUUGAAUUUGCGCUG